AUGCCUCCUUGUGCCCCCACGGGCACCCGGGAAGUGCAAAUCGACGGACUGGGAUCCCUCAAAGGCUGGGAAUAUGGCACAGGAUUGUCACAAUAUUGUGGAAUUCCGUAUGGGUGGCUUGCCAAACGAUGGACGAGGUCGACGUUGGCGACAUGCUGGCCUAACAACUACUACGACGGAUCCAGAUGCAGUGGCCCCAAUCCGCCAGAAUUUUCCACAUUUCAAGAUUGUCUGGUUCCGAACAUUGUUACUCUGAGUCCGAAGUUGAAGGAUCCCUUCCCGUUAUGGUCUACAUCCUUCGUCUAUGGAGGCGCCAACGCAUCCGUCUUUGAUGCCGUCAACGCUAUGUUCUACUCUAUCGAGCGAGGAACGCCCGUUGUGAUGGUCAAUUUCAACUACCCCGUGGGCUAUGACGGGUUUCUGGCUUCCAGUGAGAUCAAAGAGGACCUCGAAAAGGACGGUUUAUCUGGAGUAGACAGAACUGGCCUGGAUACAGCGCUACAUCGCCAAUUCGGAGGCGACAAAGGCAAUGUCACCAUCUUUGGAUUGUCUGCCGGUGGGAUUUCAUGCGCAUACCAGAUCGCGGCUGCAAAUCCUGCCGUGUUUCAUCGCGCCGUCAUGUCUGGGACCCUGAACACCAUCCCAAUGUGGAGUUUGGACCAAUAUGAGAAACGGUAUCAGGCACUCGUACGAUACUUCAAUAUCCAAGGUCCUGGUAGCCCAGAGAAACUAAGAGCAUUGCCCGACCACGUCGUUGCCGCUGCUACGAUUCCCGUUGAGGGAGUCUUCGUCUGUAGCGCUAACCCUUGCGACGAUGAAAGAUUCCCGAUGAAGCAUCCAACUUUUACGGCCAUCUCGACACCACCAUCGUGGUUGAAGUCUUACAUGAUCGGCGACACUGCCGACGAGGCCAUUACCUUUCGGAUGCAGAUUCAAGACCUGACAUUCAUGAAAGCGCUGGAAAAAUGUCCAAAUUCAUGA